AUGCUUAGCCGCGAAAUCAAUCAUCUCCUGCGUCUCCUUAAUCCCUCCAAUCAUGCUCCCGCCAACCAUCUUCCUAUGCGUGGCCAGCGCAAACAUGGGCAGCUCGAGCGGCCUCUCGGGCAGCCCCACCACAAUCAGCUUCCCAUUCGGCUUCAACAAGUUAAGCAGCGCCUGUAUGGAAUGAAAAGGCGCCACCGCAUCCAGAAUCCCAUCCAGCGUCCCAACCGCCGGCUCCAGCUCAUUCGCCAGCAAAAACUGGUCCGCGCCAAGAGUCUCCAGCGCAUAGGCCCUCUUCUCGGGCGCGAUGUCAAUCACAGUCACUUUUGCCCCAAACGCCUUGAGGAACUUCACUGCCACGUGGCCAAGCCCGCCGAGCCCGGCAACCCCGACAUUAAGGCCCGGCUUGUCCAGCCCGUAGUAUCUCAACGGGCUGUACGUCGUGAUACCCGCGCAGACGAGCGGGGCACCACGGUCCAUCGGGAGAUUCUCCGGCCAACGGAUGAUAAAGUCCUCUUCGGCGACCAUGAGAUCGGAAUAGCCGCCGUAAGUGAGGGUCCCGUCCGCCUGGACGCCGUUGUAGGUGUCGAGCUUCUCGGGGCAGAAGUUCUCGAGGCUGGCGGAGCAGUAGUGGCAGUUGCGGCACGAGCCGACCAUGACCCCGACGGCGACCUUGUCCCCGGGCUUGAAUUUGGAGACGCCGGGCCCGAUUUCGGUGACGAGGCCCACGAUCUCAUGGCCCGGGAUCAUGGGGUAGUUGGCGAAGCCCCAGUCGUUCUUGAUGAGGUGGAGGUCCGAGUGGCAGACUCCGCAGAACAUGACUUUGAAUUGGACGUCCUUGUGGCCAGUGGCUCGACGGGUGAAGUUGAGAGGGGUGAGGAUGCCCGAGGAGUCUUUGGUGCCCCACCCGAUGGCGUUCACGGUCUGCCUAAAAUGUACGAAAUUUGGAUAAGAUUUGAUAAACAUGCGAGUCUUAGAUGGAAACUUGUCAAAUUAAUGGUGAAUGGGGCCAGGGAAGAAACAAAUAAUCAAGAUCAUGAUGUUCAUAGACUAUGCUGCUCUAGGGAUGUUUCCCAUAAACAACCAGUGGAGGCUGCUCUAUUGGACAUUAGGACAUGGCUGGAAGAUGGAUACAGGCUGGGAUGGAAGCAAGCUCAAAUUUGCACCAGAGACAAGAACCUGCUUCAGCUAUUACUGAGGAAAUAA